GACACACGGAGUAUGUUCCUCCCCUAGCAUUCAGCAUCUGCACCGCUGACACUGACAGACCGCCUUCGUUGAAGGGAGUCGUAUACUGUAGCGCUCUAUACGUUCCGUCUGCUAUGUCGCUGCAACCUGUUGACGCGGCAGGGUGAUCGCUCAGACCGCCAAGACGGCUACUCGCUUUCGGGCACUAUCAUCAAAGGAAGGUGAUGUUGAGAGUCGUAACGAGGUGGCUCCUGUGCGUGAUGCAAUUCCAUCAUCCAUGGAUCUCAGCCGCGCACCCGAUUUCCGUCUCUUCUUCCCACCAAUCGCCGACGAGGCAUUUCCAGGCAGUUCGACCCGAUGCUGCUGCUGGUGUUCAUGGUCGACAACGGACCGUCGAUCACCGCUACCCAACCCUGGGAAGUCGACCAGGAGACCCGACCCGAAGGAGGCCUGCCCGGGAUGUGGGAUGCGUGCGUAAUCGCACCCCACAACCCUUCGCCCUCAACAUCGAGGUUGCGCGGCACUACCACCCCCCCUGGCCACCAGUGGCCAACAGCGCGUUAGCAAGCAGAUCUAGGAGCCGGCAGUUUAAUGUAGUACUGGGCGAUCUGGAGGCUCAAAGCGGAACUACACCCGCGAAUGCUUGUUUACUGCGUUCAUGCGAAUGGUUCCUGGUUGGGUCUUGGCAGUGUUUAGACGGCGAUCUCGAAACAUCAAGCUGCGCGUUCGACAGGCGCAGCCUUGGGAGGUGGGAUGGAUUACGGUGUUGAUCUUUGCCAUGUAACGUCAUGUCGAUGGGAAGACGGACAUGUCGUGGAGGAGCUUACGGGUAUAUAGGUCAAGGCAGAGGCAUCGAUUGCGCCCAAGUUCUCAUCACAGUCCUCACCAUCAUCUCAGGCUUAGCUCAGCAUCAGCCGAUCAGACAACCCAUUUCUGAAUAUCUCCAUCCACCCCGCCCACCAUGCUCCUCACCAAGACCGCCGCCGGCAUCGCGCUCCUCGCCGGGCUCGUGGCCGCCCACCCGGGCCACAGCGUCGCCCAGGAGGCCGCUGAGCGCCGCGCCUACCUCCAGGACGCCAAGCGCAC